CCCGCUGCAUCCAGGGCAGCUGGAGGCGACACCAGCACCGCAAGCAGGAGAGGCAGAGGCAGGCUGCUGUGCUCAUCCAGGCAGAUCAGAAUGGCCUUUCUUGCUUCUAAAGAGCUGGAUGGUGUGGAAGAAAAAUACUUCUCUCAAGCUCCCUGUUCCCGAAGUGCCUUCCCGCUGCCGCAGGCACAGACCCAGCUGCUGGGGGCAAUAAUCCGCCUCUGGCCCCUGGGGCUGGUCCUGGCCAACGCAGCCGUGGGUGUACGUGGCUUUCAGAGGAAAAUGGUGGUCUGGGCCUGCCUCCAGCUCCCCAGCAGCAGCCCCAGUAGCUACACCAUCCAGACAGCACAAGAACAAGCUGGUGUCGCGUCCAUCCGAGCGCUGCCUCAGGGCUCGAUAAAAUUUCACUGCAGAAAGUCUCCACUGCGCUACGCUGACAUCUGCCCUGAACCCUCGUCCUACAGUGUUACUGGCUUUAAUCAGAUUCUGCUGGAAAGACAUGGACUGGGUCACGUGUGAUCUCUUCUCACCUUCUAGCCUUACCCUGGCUGGCCGAUCCACGGUGCCUUUGUUUCUACAAGGCCUUUUCCUGCCAGCUGCCUUGCCAAAGACAUUUAAUCAACACACAGCUGCCAAACUACUCCCAAAGCGACUCUCUCGCCUGCCGCGAGCCAGGGCCGCUGCAGCAAAUCCACCAGUGGGCCCAGGGCUCCAAGGACUCCAGUCACCAUCUCAAGCACUGAUAGGUGUCAGGGUUAGUAGUUACCAAACCUGGAUUAAGAAACCUCAGGGCCACCGAGAAGUUCACAUUUUAACUACCUUCACAGAUCCAACUCUAAUCAAACAGGACUGAGGGUUGUCCGUCACUACAGUGGGGUACCCCCCACCACCACCAAUUCCCCACAAAGAGAACAGGGAGUCAGCUUGAAAUCUGCUCUAAAAUUUUGGCUGGGGGAAAUUU